CUGACUCGAACUCGUCGGAGGAGACUCGGGUCGCCGGCGCGGACAAUUCCCCGCGCGCGUGGUGCGCAUUUAUGACCCCUCGAGCCGGAGUCUCCAGUGGACCCUUCAUCAUCAGCAGCAGCAGCAGCAGCACCAAAGUUCGGAUCCAGCUGUCGCACUAGAGGACAUCGCACCAGACAUUUGGACACUUCACUCACUUUCCACUGCCGUUCUUUUUAGGUUUGAAAUUAAAGUGGAGGUUUGGCCAGAAGAACCAGAACGUGCCAGGAUGCGCACGGCCACCUCCACUCAGACAAGUAAUGCUUUUUGUUUGUUGUUUUUUUUCUAUUUUUCUACCUGCCUCACCGUAAUGGCUGAAUAUGAAUACAGCAGCAGGAUGACAUGAUCUGAGCUCUGCGGCUUUUCUUUGUAUACAUUUACAUUUUAAUCAAAUUUAUUCCAGAGUUCAGGUCUCCUCUUUACUUUUUUCAAAACUAAAAACCCUCGGCUAGAGGGAGAACUUGUAUGUAAUGCGACAGUCAUUCGUGAGGUGCUCUUGUGCGGCGGGAGCUCGGUGAUGGAUUCCAGCCUGGUGGAGCGGUGGACGUCAGACUGGUAGUGAGACAGAUGGUUCCUGGCUGUACAUGAUGACCCCAGCUCCUCUGACUCAGAACUGUUCCAACUGCAGCCAGGCGUUUGUCCCAGAACUCAACGUGAUCAAAGCCGUGACUUUAGGACUAGUGCUGGGGAUCUUCAUUGUUUUUGGAGUCGUCGGGAACAUCCUGGUGAUCCUCUCGGUGGUUUGCCAUCGCCACCUGCGGACGGUGACGAACUAUCUGAUCAUUAACUUGGCGGUGGCAGACCUUCUGCUGAGCGCCGUCGUGCUACCCUUCUCAGCCAUUUUGGAAAUCCUGGACCGCUGGGUGUUUGGACGGGUCUUCUGUAAUGUUUGGGCAGCUGUGGACGUGCUGUGCUGCACUGCCUCCAUCAUGAGCCUGUGCGUGAUCUCUGUGGACCGCUACAUCGGAGUCAGCUACCCUCUGAGGUACCCGGCCAUAAUGACUAAACGCAGAGCGCUGCUGGCGGUGCUGAUCCUGUGGGUGCUCUCCGUCAUUAUAUCUAUUGGACCGUUAUUCGGCUGGAAAGAGCCGGCGCCGGAAGACGAAUCCAUUUGCAAGAUCACGGAGGAGCCGGGCUACGCCAUCUUCUCUGCUAUGGGCUCCUUCUAUGUCCCCUUGGCCAUCAUCCUGGCUAUGUACUGCAGGGUGUACGUGGUCGCCCACCGAGAGAGCCAAGGGCUGAAGAAAGGCCAAAAGACUGAGAAGUCCGAUUCAGAGUUUGUGAUUCUCAGGAUACACAGAGGAACAGCUGCUGUCUCCGAGGACGAGGCCCUUCGCCGACGCACGCAUUUCGCUUUAAAGCUUCUCAAGUUCUCGCGGGAGAAGAAGGCUGCCAAGACCUUGGGCAUUGUUGUUGGGUGCUUUGUGCUGUGCUGGAUGCCGUUCUUCCUGGUAUUGCCCAUCGGCUCCAUGUUCCCGGAGUACAGACCCUCAGACACCGUCUUCAAGAUCGCCUUCUGGCUCGGCUACUUCAACAGCUGCAUCAACCCCAUCAUCUACCCCUGCUCCAACCAGGAGUUCAAAAAGGCCUUUCAGAGUUUGCUAGGAGUUCACUGUCUGGGCGAGGCCCCCAAGCCACAUCACCACCACCAUCAUCAUCCCCAUCAUCUAACCCCCGGACAUAGUCAAGGCCCGACCCAUGGGCCCUUGAGUCUAGGCAUUGACAUCAGGGGGUCAUCCUGUCGCCUGAGCCCCUCCUCCUCGAUGGGGUUGUCAAGAACCCCAUCCUCCAGGGACAGUGGGGAAUGGAAGGUCUUCUCUAGUGAGCCUCCAGAUGGAUCUGGAACAGGAGAAACAAGCAGAGCUAAAGUGGCCAAACUCUGCAGUAAAAGCUUGGACAGAACCUGCUGCUGCUUCCUGAGCAGCAAGAGAUCUCGCCCUCAGACCAACAGUGACCCCCCUCAUCCAACCACGACUCUUCCCACCAUCAAAAUCCACCAGAUGUCUCUGUCUGAAAAAGGAGAGCCAGUCUAACCUCUGUUUGCACCAAAGGUUUUUUUCUCGUUUGAGCCUGAAACAUCAUCAGGAAGUCACGUUGACUAUGAAGAGCACUUUUACUGUACAAAGAUGUAAAUACGGCAAAUGUAAAUUAUGCACGUUUGUCACUGUUCUAGCACCUUCCAUAACCAUCCUGACACGACUAUGGAGCAUCACAGGCAGAAGAAAGAAAACCUAGCACACAAUCUACUGGCUGUCAUGUUUAAACUGAGACGCAUAGUUCUAAAACGUUUCACAUAUAGAAUCAUCAUUCACACGAGUUUAUAGGUGGAUAUACUUCAAAUCAGCAGCAGAGACCAACAAUUAUUCACAAAGAAUCCCAUCAUUCUGUGGAUAAAUUGUUACUUCUUCAACAAUUCCAGAUUGACAAAGGAGUCCUUGACCUUCACCAAAAGUGAACACAGCUGUUCCCGCAUGCACUGGUGAACAAUUCCAUACCUCAAAUCUGUCUUAAGUCACAAUACAGUUUGGUCUGUUGUGCUUCAAAACCAACAUUAAAUCCAUAUUACAGCAGUUACACUAACCCCACUGCCCUCAGGACACUGUGUAGGCAUCCAGGCUACUUUUGAAAAUAACAGUUUUCAUUUUGGUACUACGAGUCCACAAUAUUCCAUUCGAGGAAUAGGAACCUGAGAUGGUCUGGCUUGACAGGUGAGUGGUCAAACGGACUCUGCUAAAGACCUUUGCUGGCUAGAAAAGCCGGUCAACUGCACUGCCUCUUCGGACGAUGUAGAAGUGACCGUGUUUCAUUCCUCGCUCUAAACAGAGUGAAAGCGCCUUAAUUUAACUGUCAAAAGUAAAUGUCUUGGCUGAUUUGUAUGGGAAAUAACUUCACUUCGACAGCUGUAUUCAUAAAAAUGAAAUUUCUUUAUGCACUUCCAGUAGUCUAACGUGAAAAAAAUCAGGCUUUACAAAACCUAAAAUCGACCACUGUCAGAGAAAAAUAUACAAACCCACAUAAUAAACUGUGAGCUGCCUUCAGGGAUAAACUGUCUCCAGCAAUUGAGAAGACGCCUGUCAUCCAACACAAUCAUAUAAUUGACUUCUACACCUCCUUUUGAUGACUCGACACAUCAACGUGAAACCCAUCAUUUUGCUUGUCUUAUUGCUGCACGAGCUGAUUGCACAAAACGACAAAAAAACAGCCGUUCCACAAUUCACGUUGAAAGACGGCACGAUGUCAGCGUGAAUGGAAGAAUGGUAGAUGGUUAACUCCAGUCUUUUCUUCGUUCCCCGGGGGAUAAACUUGGCUCCAUAACCGAAGGAAGUGGACCAGAACUGAGUCAUGCUGUUCCUCCCCAUCAUCAGCAAGGACACUGGCAAGGACUGUGGUCCAAAUCCAUCAAAAAUUUAUUGUUAUUCCGAUCCAUCACACUGACGUCAUUCUGGGAGGACGCACCACAGACAGUUUUAAGAUACUACCACUUAAUAUUACAUCAGUUUAUGUAGCAUUUGAGUCACAAAUAGACAAGCAUUCCCCACACCCUGCAGGCUUCUUUACUUCACUCUGCAGCUCUUCUUAAAACAAUAUCCCCAUCGGAGUUUAUACACAUCAUAAUAUACGGCCGCUACGGACACACACAAGAAGAUGUUUUCAAAUUUGCUGCGUCAGUAUGACUGUAUUAGUUAUGCAAAGCAGGAACUUUCACAUGAUGCCAGAGCUGUGUUAAAUAGCCUAUAACCACAUUAUCAUUAGACCAUCAUUAACACAGGGAAAUUAAUAACCGCCAUGGGAUGGUUUUGAAAGGGCUCACCAUCUGAAAGUUAAAGUGCCGGCAGCUGCAGUUGAACAUUUACUUUGUUUGGGUUGUCAGAUUGAUGAGUCAAAGUUGUCUCACUCUGAUUUGAGCUAACACGUAUCAGUUUAGCUAACUGUUUCCCCGCCAGUGAAUUUGUUUUAUAGCUUCAGGGAAAUGUCAACGUGAGACUAUGAAGAGUGAAUUAUUAUACAGACGACUGAGGAGAUUUACUUCUGUCUCAAUGGAAAAUAUCAAAAGCAGCUUUUUGUUUUCGCCCGUUUUCUUCGACGUUUGGCAGCUAUUUUGCAUGCAGAUCACAUGGAUGAAAUAGUUUAAAUGUGGCAGCAGAUGGGAGCAGACAGGGACAAGACAGAAACGCUUGUAGUAGCAUUUUCUGAACAGCAAAUUGAGAACAAAGGGGGGACAAAAUGAUGGAUCAAAGACAGAUCAAUCCAAAGGGUUGGUCAGUCCGAUUGGUCUGGCUUACCAUUAACCGGCCAGUUUACAUUCCUUCCCCAACCAAAGGACCAAAAUGGGGAUGAAGUCUGUCACAGGGUGAGGCCUGAAGCCAUACUGUCCCAUGAUCAGUCAUCCUGGAGAGGCUCAGACUAGCACCUAUUAGGGAUGGGCGAUAACCAAACACAAUCUCCACGAUGACAAUUCGGCAUCACGCGAUAAAUUCGAUAAACACGAGGCACACUCACCGCAUUGGACUUACACAUGUACAACAGAGCUCUCCAGCUUCGUAGAGUUUGACAGCCGACACUGGCAUGUGACAGUUGUGGAGAGUGUGGUGGACUUUGGCUCACGAUCGUAGUUUUAAACUUAUUUUUAACACAGGGAACCUUUGAUAAUGACACUGGUCGACUGACUCCCUGGAUCCCAGUUUAUUUUAUUAGAUGGAGUCGUCCUCACAAGUUCUCUGACGCAGUUGUCUGCCUUGGUUCACAUGCAAGUCUCCCGCUGCACUGGUGAAAAUAGUUGGAUAUUGGACGGAGCUCCACUUGUAUAAUGAUUUGGAGCAGUGUUUUUCAACCUUUUUUGAGCCACGGCACAUUUUUUACAUUGGAAAAAUUUUGUGGCACACCACUAACCAAAAAUGUUACUACACUAAUUCUCUUGGAGGAACGAGGCAAUCAGCUACGUGUUGCCACACGGACAAAUAUUACAUUACUCUGCCAGCCUUUACAGCACGGACACUGGACAAUGACAUAAUAUUUGCAGAAAAUUAUUAAUAAAUGUAAAUUUAAAAAAAAAAGUGAUAUUGGAUAAUUUCUCACGGCACACCUGACGAUCUCUCACGGCACACUAGUGUGCCGCGGCACAGUGGUUGAAAAUCACUGAUUUGGAGAAUAGAAAAUGAUCAUUUAUUCACCUGAUUUCUGAUAUUUCUUCAAUAGCCUCUAGGAAACGUGUCCAGACUGGUCCAUAGUUCAAGUCAACUAUUAAGAGACAUGAGAUACAGCAGACAGACGGCUCAAUAAGUUUCAUCAUAAAACAGUAGUGAGAGAGACUGUAGUGUGUCCAACACAUGCAAUAGUUUAUUAAAUUUAUUUAUCGUGAUAAUUAUCGUGGUUACCAAAAUUACAACAUUUAUAACUUUUUAUAUCGCCCAUCCUUAGCACCAGUGCUCGAGCUAAAUGAGCGCAACCAAUUGAGGUGACUCUGGGAUCAAGUCAGGAUGAUAGACGCCUUGCUAUUGAGGUGUUCAGGACUGUCUGUCUUUUGAGGCUAACCUGAGUGGCCUCUAGAGAGAGUCAAGCCUGGGCCUUCUAGUUUCAACUGCUGCCUCCCUGCAGACAAAUGACGGCCAACGGAUGGACGCUCAAGAGCAACUAGAGUAUGACUUCCUGGUGCUAACAUCAGCCUCCACGGAAUAGUCUAGUUUCUUCCUCCCUCUUUUGAACUGUCCUGUUUGUUUUAUCCCUCCGACAAACCUGCCAUUCAUGGCAGCAGAUUCACAGUAUCAAAACUCAACAACACCUUAGCUUGACGGUUCUCCUUAGAUUGUAGUGUACAGUACCGUGAAACCACACAACCUCACACCAUUUGCUGUUGAAUAAAACCUGCAAAUUACAAAAGUGUCUUUUAUUGAAUUCACCAAAUAUUAUAUGAACCAACCCUGCAGCAGCGGCAGCAGCAGGGGGAUUCUAGAUAACCUGCUUUAAGCUGACCUCACAGCGGCUGACCUCAAUCCUGACCCACCCACAAGCCUCUUUAGAGCCUGAGACGUUGGUCUCUCGGGCUGCGCUCGUCCCCGCUGCUACUGCUGCUGUGGACUCAACAGAAACUUCCCUUCACCAGUCUGAAGUGUGGGUGUAGCCACAGACACAUCAGAAGGAUGAAAACUGCAGACUGCAUUGAUUUAUUUCCCUUGUGAGAGAGGAAGAUGAGAUAGUGGCAGACUGGAUUGUUUAGUCAGAAGCGGGGUGGACAGCUCUCUCCCAAGGGCGUGUGACUGGUCCACCCAAAGGCAGACGGUGCCUGCAGUAUCAUUGACUGUGUCCUCUGCAGGUGCCGGUUGAGGCUGAUGUUAGGUUAAAACAAGAAAUAUAAUUUCAAAUAACAGUUUCAUUUGUCAUUAAACAGAUGCUUUGAGAUCGUUGUAAGGUUGCGCACGCCUGAAGACGUGAGGAGCAAACAGGGGC